UUAAAGCCAAUCGAGUAAGACGUGUUUCUCUCGUGUGGAAUAUCUGGACAAAAAUGGAAAUCAAUAAUGGAACCUCUGAUAUUGGAUAUAAUGGAACCGAAAUUCGACCCGAACCGAUUUAUGGAAACACGGACUUCGUGGACACGUGGUUUCUAAUGGGCUCACCAAUCUCAGUGGCGAUAAUCCUCACUUCAUACCUAUUGUUCGUGUUGAAGAUAGGUCCAGCUUUCAUGAUGAAGCGGGCGCCGUAUCAACUGUCAAACGUGCUACUGUUGUAUAACGCUGUCCAAGUCGGUGUGUCCUGUUUUCUUUUUCAUAAGUGUUUCGCCAUGCUUGUUGAAAACGGGGUGGUGCCAAAGACCUGCCUCAUGGAAACGGACUACAGUAGGAGAAGUAUAACAACAGCAAUGUACUGCUACCUAUUAGCCAAGGUAUCAGAACUGCUGGACACCAUAUUCUUCAUACUCCGCAAGAAGAACAACCAGGUGACCUUCCUCCACGUCUACCACCAUGCUGUAAUGGUAUUCGUGACGUGGACAGCAUUGAAGUAUGAGCCGACUUUUGCCCUGGUCUUCAUGGGGAUGUUGAACUCCUUUGUCCAUAUUGUGAUGUACACUUACUAUGGAUUAUCAGCGUACCCGAAUCUGGUGAAAUAUUUGUGGUGGAAGAAAUAUAUUACUAAAUUGCAGUUGUUGCAGUUCGUCCUGGUACUACUACAGUUUGGAACAGCAUUCGCAACAUCAAGCUGCCCUCCGUCAAAAAUCAUGUUCGCAUCAAUGAUAUUCAAUGGUUUACUCUUCAUAUAUCUUUUUGGAAGCUUCUAUAUCAACACAUAUAACAGAAGAAACAAGAAAGUAAACAAUGCUAAAGAAAGUAAUAGAACCAAUGGUUUGAAAGAAGAAUUCAAUGGUAUACAAAAAGAAAAUGGUCAAGAUAGAAUGAAGAUUUGCAAAGAUGAGAAGGUUACUGAUGGCAACGGCUACACAAGUGCUGCAAUCAAACUGAACGAUAAAUAUCGUUUUACAUUUAAUUUGCAAACGAAGAAAUUAUUGUAGAAUUUGUAUUUUUGUCUUAAUUAUUUAUUGUAAGUGAUUUCGUAGUAUUAGAUGAUUGUGAUUUUUAAUUGUAGGGAAUAAAAAUAAAUGUCUUUAUUUAUGG